ACAUUUUUAUUUUUAAAUCAGUAAUUUAAUUUUCAAUUUUCUUCUAAAAACAACGUUGUGUGUACAGAUAUGAGAUGCUGACAGGAGGAAUCAGGAAAAUACUCUUCCUCUUCUUUUUUUCUUUUCUUUUUUUAUUAUAUUCAUUUUUUGCAUGUAUUCAAAAUUCUUCACACGGUGAGCACAACAGCAGUUUAUGUGGGAUACUUUGUCAUUGCUUUGGCACAAAAUAUAUUUAAUAACUAUUUUUCAAUGACAAAUACAUUUAAUGUCUACAAAUUACAUAAAUUCUUUUCUCAUAUACCUACAGGCUAAUUUGCACUUGUUUACACUUUUCAAACUGUUAAACCUAUGUUCAAAACCCAAAUAUAAUACAAAACUGAAUAAGACAGCAACUUGCUAGUCACACUUGAAAGAGUAAACAGUAAAUCUGUGCCAAAAGUCUUGUCACUCCUCCCCUUACUACACAACACAACUCAAAUACUAGUGACCAAUAGAAGAACCUGAUACACACAACAGGUCAGUCUUCAGCUGCUACACACAGGAGACAGACAUACAGAUCUUUCUUAUCCCUUCAGUGCAGGGGGAAAAAAAAGAAACAUGGAUCCCAAAAAUUCUCCAACAGAAGGAGGGCAGCCUUUACUUCCACUGCAGCAGGAUCCUCCAGAGUACUCCAGUCAUGGAUUCCCUCCCUCUCAGAUCUAUCCCAGCACUUCAGGUCGACCUGCCCAGCAGUAUGGAGCUCCGGCAGCACCUGGCCGGCACAUCCAAGGGUCAUAUCCAGGGCAGACUGUGGUCACUGUGCGGCGUCCAGUUAAUGUGUCCUUCACUCCACUGACCAAUCCACUGCCAGAUUACCUGUGCUAUUCCAUCUUUACCAUGCUGUGCUGCUGCUUACCUCUGGGAUCGGCUGCUCUUGUUUACUCCAUCACAACUCGAGAUGCUAACACGUUUGGACACCAACCGAUAGCAAGAAGAAACUCCAGAAUGGCUCGCAUCCUUAACCAUGUCAAUGUUGCUGUUGGAAUCCUCUUCUGGAUGAUCACUGUCACCUAUGUCAUUCUUGUUUUCAUCGCAAUUGCAAACACUAGAGAUUAUUAUAACAGAAACUAUAGACCAUAUAAUGGACCAUAAGUGUAAGAAAUAUCUUGGUAGGACAGGGUUUUACAAACAUGAACACAUUAUGUUUUGAACACACAGGCAUUUGAUUUUCUUCUUUUAAAUGGUAGUGUUGCUUAAGUUAUUUAUAUGAGAGCUGUAAGACUCUAUAGCCUAGGCUUAAGUCUUGUCUGUGAAACCAGGCACUGAUGCGUAAGGAGUUCCAUCUAUAGGGCCAGUGAGGAAUGAUUCAGUAUGUUUCAUGUAGCUAACACAUCUGCCUUAUCAUUAUUAUUUACAUUAUUGUCAUGAAACAGGAAGUUGUUGUAACUCAAGCAUACAAUGUUGAAUCUGCCUCAAACUUCACAUGUUAUAAGUGCCCUGGUCUGAAGACAUCUACACACCAACAUUAAGAUAAAAAUUAAAAUUAAAUUAAAACAUAUUUUUUUAUUGAAUUUUUAAAACAUUGAAAGCUUUGACUGUAAAUGUAUCAUCAAUUAAAACAUUUGUUUUUCUUCUUUUCUUAAUGUUACAUCAUAAAACUGAGUAAUCAAUAACAUAAAUAUAUUUUCCGUUAUGAGUCUGAUGUCGUGUUUUAUCAAACUUUUAAAAAGUAUCUGAAAGUACAAGGAUAAUCAAUCAAAGACAAUCUAUCAAAGACAAUCUAUCUAUCUAUCUAUCUAUCUAUCUAUCUAUCUAUCUAUCUAUCUAUCUAUCUAUCUAUCUAUCUAUCUAUCCAUCAAUGUGCAGUCUCGUGCCCACUGGUAGGUAUUUUCCUCACAAAUACUAUUCGAAGGCUUAAUUUAUGUCAUGGUUUUUAUGCAGUGGGCUUUCUAUAUUAAAAAUAUGAAACACACUGACAGAAGGCUACUUUCAAUUUCAAAUGCUCAUGUGCGCUUUGGGAAGAGUGCUCACAAAUGCGGUUGUGUGUGCGACUGGUAUACACAAGCUGAGACAGAGAAAAAUCACUCACAGCUCUUGAAUGGAAAAUGUUCAGAUACUCUGAAAUACUGAAAGCACUCUUUGUUCAUUGUUUGUGAUAUGUUUCUUUGUUCCUCUUUAUUUACUACUUGCUUUUAUGUUUUGAAGCUACAUUAGUUUAUAUAUUUAAAGUUCUAACAAUU